AUGGCGUCUCAGGAUGGCCGCCGUGAGGAAGACGAGGAGGCGGGCAAGGCCGAGGCUGAUGCGAGUGAGGUGAAGACGAGCCAGUUGGACUUGCUCGCUGCCGCCGUGAUAGCCGGUAUGAGGCAGGAAAUGGCAGUGGCUCGUGAGGAGCAGGCUGAGAGGGCUCGCGAACAGGCUGAGAGGGCACGCGAGCAGGAUGAGAGGGCACGCGAGAUGAAAAAGAGGGCAAAAGAGAGGGCACCCGAUCAGGCUGAGCAGGCACGCGAGCAGGCUCGAAAGGCAGAAGAGAGGGCACUCUCCCAGUGCUCAGGGAGGCUUAAGCCAGCGGUGCACGACGGGAAGCUGGCAUGGGAGGCCCAGUGUGAGAUGCUAGCUGCUGCGCAGGGCUGGGGCGAGGCCGAGAAGGCGCUGCAGUUGAUGGAGCGCCCAGAGGAGACGUUGGGGAGCGCGGAGUCGGCCGCUGAGAGGCCGCUGCCCGACUUCCUUGAGGAUUUGGCGCACCGGAUCGCUGCUCACCUGACGGAGGCGCAGACGGAGGUGUGCCACACCCUGGCUGGGUGCACAGACGUGUCCAGCGGGGGUGAUCUGGACCUGGGCCGCAAGGGGUUGGUGAAGCACAUCAACACGGGAAAUAGUGCGCCCACCAAGAGCCCACCCCAAUGA